AUGAAGAUUUUGAAUUUGAUACUUUUGUCUAUUAUAUUUCUUAAAUUUUACAAUGUAUGUUGUAUUUCUACAAGAGAAAUACUACAAGAAAAAAGAAAUGAGUUUCAAAGAUACUCUGAAUUUAUUAUUAAUGAAAAGAAUUUAGUUGAUAACAAUGAAAAGAUAGUAAAUGAUUCAAUAAGAACAUACAAAUAUUAUAUGGAAAAAGGUAUAAAAGAAAUUGUGGCAAUAUUCAUUUUUGAUGAUUUAAAUAUCACAAAAGCUAGAGAAUUAGGAAUACAAAACAAAGCAGAUCAUGAAAUAAAUAUUAACAAUAUAAAAAAAAAUAUACAGAAUAUAUAUCCAUUAGAUGAAAUAAAUUCUUUUAGUGAUCUUAUAUAUAAAGAGAGGAAAUUAUUUUCUUUUGAAACUGAAUAUUCUGUUACUAAUUAUGUGUUUACAAAAUUUGUGUUUCAUGUAAAAAUAACAGAAGAGAAUGAUGAAGAAAUUAUGUUUCUAAUGAUAAAUAAUGAAUUAAAUAUGAAACAAAAAAAUUUGGAAAUAAUAAAAAAAACAAAUGAAUAUAAUGGAAAUAAUAGUAUUCCUAAUGUUAAUUCAAAUUCUGUAAAUUUAUAUCAAAAACAUCCACAAGCAUUUGUUCAAUUUAUAGGAGCAAUAAUUGGAAUAGCUACAUUAGUAAGCUCUAUUUCAGGUGCAGUCUCUGGUAUAUCAUCAAUAUUUUCAAGUCGUCCCGCCCCAACACCACCUGAAUUUUUAGGAAACCAAAAAUCCAAACUUUCAAAGUAUGAAACUGGUACAAAAAAGGUAGAAAAAAAAGAUAAGAAGAAGAAAUAUUACAAAGAAGAAGAUGAUGCAUAUUAUGACGAUAAAUAUUAUGACGAUGAAUAUUAUGACGACGAAUAUUAUGACGACGGAUAUUAUGACGACGGAUAUUAUGACGACGGAUAUUAUGACGACGAAUAUUAUGACGAUGAAUAUUAUGACGAAUAUGAUGAUGAUUACUAA